AUGGACAUUGGUACCCAAACAACUGGCAUGCACAUUAUUGAUAAUAAAUGGGUUCAUAAGAUCAAAUUAAAUGCAGAUGGAUCACUCGACAGGUUCAAAUCGAGAUUGGUGGCAAAAGGAUAUUUCCAGGCUCUUGGAAUUGAUUAUGAGGAGACCUUCUCUCUUGUGGUUAAACCUGUUACAGUGCGUACUUUAUUAUCUUUGGUUGUUAAUUCACAUUGGAAAGUAACUCAGCUUGAUGUUAGCAAUGCCUUUCUCAAUGGAUUGCUAACUGAAACUGUGUUCAUGCAUCAGCCACCAGGCUUUAUUGAUCAAUCAAAACCUUACCAUGUAUGUCUUCUUCACAAGGCCCUUUAUGGUCUUAAACAGGCUCCUAGAGCCUGGAAUGACAAGCUAAGAACUAGUCUUAUUCAAUGGGGUUUCACUAGUUCAAAAUCUGAUGCAUCCUUGUUUGUUCAGGGUUCGGGAGACCGACUUAUUAUACUCCUUGUUUAUGUUGAUGACAUACUUGUCACAGGUACAAACAAGAACCUUAUUACACGAUUAAUUACUGAUCUCAACAAGGAGUUCUCUCUCAAAGAUCUAGGUGAUGUACACUAUUUUCUUGGAGUUGAAAUAUUCAGAGAUAGCAGGGGCAUGUUCUUGUCUCAGACCAAAUACAUUACUGAUCUAUUAGUUAAGGAUCCCACUCUUUACAGAAGUACUGUAGGAGCUCUGCAAUAUCUCUCCUUGACAAGACCUGAUGUGGCUUUUAUGAUAAACAAACUUAGCCAAUUCCUCAAAGCUCCUACUGUGUCACACUGGGAAGCUUGUAAACGAUUACUCAGGUACCUUAAAGAAACAAUUUCAGAUGGUUUAUUGCUCAAACCAACCAAAGUCUUGGCCUUGCAAAGCUACUUCGAUGCUGACUCGGCUAGUUGUAUAGAUGAUGGAAAAUCCACGGGAGGCUAUGUUGUGUUCAUUGGUGACUACUUAAUCUCAUGGUCAGCUAAGAAACAAAGUGUUGUGGCACGUUCCAGUACUGAGAGCGAGUUUUGUGCUCUAUUCAACACUGCAGCAGAAUUAAAAUGGAUUGUUUCAUUACUCACUGAGCUGCAAGUUCGCUUGCCCCACUGCCCUAUUAUUUGGGUUGAUAACCAGAGUGCGUCUACCUUAGCCGCUAACCCAAAUUUUCAUGCUCGCUCAAAACAUAUAGAGAUCGAAUUACCCUUUGUCAGGGAUCAGAUAUUGGCCAAAAGUCUAUCAGUUCAAUAUGUUCCCAGUCAUGACCAAGUGGCUGAUAUGAAGAAAAGAGCAGGCUUGGCAGAGAAGGAGGCAGAGGAUUUCUCUGAAGGUACAGACGACAUGUUGAGGUAUAAGGGAAGAGUGUGUGUAGCCAACGACGUAGAGCUUAAAAGAAAGAUCAUGCGGGAAGCACACACUACACCCUACUCAAUGCAUCCAGGGUCAACCAAAAUGUACAAUGACUUAAAAACCUUGUAUUGGUGGCCAGGGAUGAAGAAGGACGUAGUUGAAUUUGUAGCUAGAUGCCUCACAUGUCAACAAGUUAAGGCUGAACAUCAGAGACCAGUAGGGAUGUUGCAACCCCUAGACAUCCCAGAAUGGAAGUGGGAGGAUAUAGCCAUGGAUUUUGUGAUAGGACUACCCCGAACAACCAAGCAACACGACUCAGUUUCGUACGCUGACUUGUACGUACAAGAGAUAUUAAGGUUGCAUGGAGUUCCAAAGACGAUAGUCUCUGAUAGAGGUUCAGUAUUCACCUCCAAGUUCUGGGAAAGUUUACAUAAGGCAAUGGGGACGCGAUUGAAAUUAAGGACAGCAUUUCAUCCCCAAACAGAUGGACAAUCUGAACGCACCAUCCAAAUACUCGAGGAUAUGCUUCGAGCGUGUGCACUAGACUUCACUGGCUCGUGGAGCAAGUAUUUACCCCUAAUGGAGUUCUCUUACAAUAAUAGUUAUCAAGCCAAAGUCGGAAUGGCACCAUAUGAGAUGUUGUAUGGACGAAAAUGUCCAGAAGCAGUAAGAGAAGUUUCAGAAGCAGUUGAAAGGAUACGGAAAAGGAUGCUCACCGCCCAAAGUAGACAGAAAAGUUAUGCAGAUCUGAAAAGACGGGAGGUUGAGUUUUCUGUAAGGGACUUAGUGUUCUUGAAGGUAUCACCUAUGAAGGGGAUUAUGCGUUUCGGAAAAAGGGGAAAGUUAAGCCCAAGAUUUAUAGGUCCUUUUGAGAUACUGGACAGAGUUGGUCAGGUAGCUUACCGUUUGGCCCUACCGCCAACAUUAGCAGAAACGCAUAAUGUUUUCCACAUUUCCAAGUUACGUAAGUAUGUACCUGAUUCAACACAUGUACUUAAGUACGAGAACUUGAACUUGCAGCAGAACAUGAGCUUUACGGCACGCCUUGUGCGCGUGAUAGAAAAAGGAAUAAAGGUCUUACAAAAUAAGACUAUACCCUUAGUCAAAAUCCUGUGGAGUGAUAGUUCUGAUAGAGAAGCGACAUGGGAGUUGGAGAAGGACAUGGAGAAUCAGUACCCCGAGUUAUUCUCUAGUAAGUAA